AUGAAAGAAAAGGAAUCCCUUCCAAGUUAUAAUGAAUCUAUAGAACAAGACCAACCACCACCCCCAGUGGGAUCUCAACCAUUGUAUUUUUCAAACCUACUGCCCCAGGGAUGGAGCUUCGUUAUCAAUAAUGCAUUCUUUGGUGGAAGAUACACAAUAUUUGUAUCGAAAGAUGCUUCAGAUAAAUGGAAUGUUUUUAAAAAGAACAAUACACCGGAGGUAAAAGAUUUGCAAGCCCAGGGUUAUGGAAUUCCAUUACUUAAGGGAAUUUGUCCGUUAAACCCAUUCACCACAAAAUUUUUGACUUUCAAAAGAUACUUGCCUACUGCUGAUCAUCCUUUUGAUGUUGAAAAGGAUCAUUAUGAAUUCUGUGUUGUGAAUGUAAACCAGCAUUUUGGUUAUAAGACAUUUAUUUUUCAUUUCAGGCCUGAUCCUGAACAAAGGAAGUUGGAUUUUGAAUUGAUGGUCUUUAUGCAUUCUGGCUUGCCGAUUGUGGAUUAUAUUUAUAAAGGUGAGAAACAUAGAUGGAUUGAUGAAACUGCAGGUCAUGGGUUUCGAAUGCAAUGGCAAGUCAAAUUUGGAUUCAAGCAUUGUGUGCUAAGCGAGAAUCAACCUUCGCUAACCGACAACUGGGAUGGAGUGAAUCAUAAACUAAACAAAUCUCCUAAUCCUUUAAUAGAGGGUACCAUAGCGACCUUGUUCUCAAUGUCAUCGCGAUGGUCAUCGCGAUUCCCAAAGAACGAAUACUAUGGAGAAGGUCGGGGAGUAUUUGGAGAGGCUGAGCCUUUUUUUAAGCUUGGUCAUGCUGAGUUGAAUGUUGACGACAUCUACAACCAGCUGGCGAGUGUUGAUUACGAAAGCAUAUUCUCUGUAAAUCAAGAUGUCCUUGUCGAUGUGUGCGUAGCCACAGUUCUUAAGAGACAGAGAGAUAUUGACGAAGAAAGCAGACAUCAUUCAUCAAGUGGAGGUGGACCAUGA